AUGGCCUCUUCGUUGUUCCAGCAACACCUCCAUAUCCAAAUUCAAGAUGACUUGAAGUAUGACAUCCGUAUCGAAAAGUCAAACUUUGCCAGCGGCCAGUUUUACAAUGAGGACGACAAAUGCGAUAACCUGACUUCUGACGAUGUUGACGACAUGAUUAUUCGACAUAACGGCGGUAUACGGAUGGUCUGCUCCAUGUACGGAUCUCAAGGAAGAAUCGAUCUUGUUGACGAUGUAAAGGAUAUAAGGAUUUGUACCUCUAUGCAGCCCGGGUCGUCGAAUGAAUUCGAGAAUUUAACGACGAUGCAAGUUACACGGUUGAAAUUGGCACGUGGAACGAAUCUGGGACUAUGGGAGUGGUUCCUGUUACUAUCAAGGAGAGAUUUUGAUCACAAUUGCUGA